AUGUCCAACGAGACCCAGGCUUUAUCGGAUGGCUCGCCGCCACUUCUGCUUGAUGUCCUGUCGAAUUCCAUCGUCCUUGACAACACCUUGCAAUAUCUUCCUCUCUCCACUCUCUUUGCCCUGGCCAGAACAUGCCGCUCUUUCCGAGACCUCAUCCUCCACACAGCGAGCGUUUUUCGAUAUGUUGAUCUUUCAAAGUGUCGAGGCGCAUAUGUUUCCCCCAACCUUCUGACGAGAAUCGACUCCGGUGGUCAUUCCUGGCGCGCAGAACGAAUGGACGAGAAUCUGACCGAAGAUGAAUUCUAUGCCGGUCCUCUACGCGGCGUCCUGGCCAAGCUGGCCAAGCUGAAGGUCCUCCAGAAUGUUCACACCUUGGUCCUCGAUGAUCUGGCCUCGGUGACCGUUGAUCUGAUCAACGAUAUCGUCACUAGAAAUGAAUACAACGUUCGGCUCCUCAGUAUACGGCGAUGUCUCAAUAUCAAUCAAUAUAGGCUGCAACAGCUUCUCUGCCACAUUUGUCGACCUGGCAGACCUGAAGGGACCCCUCGGCUACAGGGUAUAUACGUCUUCACACCCCCUCCGCCGAGGGACUGGUCACCAGAUGACCUCGAUUUCAGUCAUGCCUUUCACUACAAUUUCGACACCAUGGGCGUUCUGGAAUGGGAGCCCAUUCCGCUCCGACGCCAGUCUGACAAGAAUCGAGGAGGUAGAUUAUGCGGCACAGAACGCUGGUAUUCGCCCUCGGGCUACUGCAUGGCUGAGGGUAGUACGGCACGAACAAACUGGGAGGAGACCUUACAAAAAUGCCAAGGCAUACUCAGCUUCGAUGCUGUUUUAUGUACUCACAUGCACGCUGAUAUGGCACCCGUUCUUCAUCCAGCGUCUAAAGAUUAUCUUUUGAAAGAAAAGCCCGGUAUCCGCCCGCUGGCAACUGUGGCUCUAGGCCCGGCGGGAUGCUCUGGCUGUGGUCGAGAGCCCCACGGUGCACCUGUCUGGGACGAAAGCGAUCUCCGCGAGUUUCCACUCCUGUGGCCUCCACCCCACACUGGAAAGCUGGUUGACGCUGUCCGACCUCCACUACGCCUCGCCGAAGAUGGCCGAAUUCUUCCCCAGCGACUCAUCGUUUCGUGCCCCUGGUGCCUCGCUAAUCGACAUUGCGACAGCUGUCAUCAAUGGUGGUGCGCUGACUGCUACAACCCCGAACGUGCGAACAGAGCCGCCAAUCUGGAAAGAUUUGGGAGUGCGGCACGCUUCACCGGGCCUUCCGACGCAGAUCUGGGGAUAGAUCGGACUACAAUCGGGGCAUCAUCUCCCGACGACACUCCCAAGGUAUCUAACGGUCUUUGUGUUGAAAACUGCCCUAAACGCACAAUGUCGGUUUGGGGCACACGGAUGGUCGGGGCUAGAGAUGGCGGUGCUGGGGGUUAA